AUGAAUACUAUUCGAUCAGUAGGCUACGGCUGGGUCGUCCUCAUCAUUGCUGGUGGUGGCUCUUACUACUUUGCCAAACGUAGUGUCAAUGCAGACCGAACAGAAAGGGCGGAGGCGGAGGAGAAACGACGGCAGCUACGUGAGCGCAUGAGGGUGCAAGAAGAGCUUUCUCGAAGAAGCUCAAGGGUCACUGGCACUGGCGAAGGUGCGACUACCGGACUAAGCAAUGCUAAGCGAAGAGACAACAUCGUCCUGAGGACCGGAAACGACAAUCCAUCACCCAGCCAACAGGCUGAGGGCGGCGACCCGGCACCCGUCACGCACGAGCAGGAGGAGAUGGCGCGGAAAGGGCGGUACGAGGCUGCCGAACCGUUUCGGUCAAGGAAAGGGGACAGGUUCAGCUGA